AUGUUAAAACUUACUACCUUGUUUUUGUUGGUUGGAUUGCUUUUUGCUGCUGUUCCAGGAGCACCAUUGCAAGAAAGUGACAUCGCAGUGGCUGCAGCCAAUGGAGAUUGGAGAUCGUUUCAAAAAUUGUUGAGCCAAGGACUUCAUUAUGGAGAGAACUUUGAGGGUAUCAAAAACUUACAACCUCAAGGACCAGGCUCACAUGUUUACGGUGAAGGUGAAUACAGAUACUAUACGUCUACAAACAUCAACGGACAGAAGAGCGAGCAAAGAGGCGGUCGUAAAAUUGUCAACAAAGAUGGAAUUUUACAGGAGUACGAUUUGGAUUAA